CCGCCUCCUGAUCAAAGGUGGGAAGAUCGUGAACGAUGACCAGUCCUUCUACGCUGAUCUGUACGUGGAGGACGGGUUGAUAAAACAAAUCGGGGAAAACCUCAUCGUCCCUGGGGGCAUCAAGACCAUCGAUGCCCACGGCCUAAUGGUCCUGCCGGGCGGGGUGGAUGUGCACACCCGGCUGCAGAUGCCCGUCCUGGGCAUGACGCCAGCCGACGACUUCUGCCAGGGCACUAAGGCCGCGCUUGCCGGCGGAACCACCAUGAUAAUGGACCACGUGUUCCCCGACGCGGGCGGGAGCCUGCUGGCGGCCUACGAGCAGUGGCGGGAGCGGGCGGACGGCGCGGCCUGCUGCGACUACUCCCUGCACGUGGACGUGCCCCGCUGGCACGAGAGCAUCAAGGAGGAGCUGGAGGCCCUGGUCAGGGACAAGGGUGUGAACUCCUUCCUGGUCUUCAUGGCUUACAAGGACAGGUGCCAGUGCACCGACGGCCAGAUGUACGAGAUCUUCAGCAUCAUCCGGGACCUGGGGGCCGUGGCCCAGGUGCACGCGGAGAACGGGGACAUCGUGGAGGAGGAGCAGAAGCGGCUGCUGGAACUUGGCAUCACCGGCCCCGAGGGCCACGUGCUCAGCCACCCUGAGGAGGUGGAGGCUGAGGCCGUGUUCCAAGCCAUCACCAUCGCGAAGCAGGCCAACUGCCCCCUGUACGUCACCAAGGUCAUGGGCAGGGGGGCAGCCGACAUGAUCGCCCAGGCCAAGCGCAGAGGGGUGGUCGUGUUCGGGGAGCCCCUCACCGCCAGCCUGGGCGCCGAUGGCUCCCACUACUGGAGCAAGAACUGGGCCAAGGCCGCCGCCUUCGUCACGUCACCCCCCAUCAGUCCCGACCCCAGCACGGCAGACCACCUCACCUGCCUGCUGUCCAGCGGGGACCUCCAGGUGACAGGCAGUGCCCACUGCACCUUCACCACCGCCCAGAAGGCGGUUGGCAAAGACAACUUCACACUGAUCCCCGAGGGCACCAACGGCGUGGAGGAGCGCAUGUCCGUGGUCUGGGAGAAGUGCGUGGCCUCGGGGAAGAUGGACGAGAAUGAGUUCGUGGCAGUGACUAGUACAAAUGCUGCCAAAAUCUUCAAUAUUUACCCCAGGAAGGGGCGGGUGGCUGUGGGCUCCGACGCCGACCUGGUCAUAUGGAACCCCAAGGCCACGAAGAUCAUCUCCGCCAAGAGCCACAAUCUGAACGUGGAAUACAACAUCUUCGAAGGGGUCGAGUGCCGAGGGGCCCCCUCCGUGGUCGUGAGUCAGGGCAGGGUGGUACUGGAGGACGGGACCCUGUUUGUGACCCCGGGCACCGGCCGCUUCGUUCCCCGGAAGACCUUCCCGGACUUCGUCUACAAGAGGAUAAAGGCUCGCAACCGGCUGGCGGAGAUCCACGGCGUGCCCCGCGGGCUCUACGACGGGCCCGUCCACGAGGUGAUGGUGCCGGCCAAGCCGGGGAGCGGCACCCCAGCCCGAGCGUCCUGCCCGGGCAAGAUCGCCAUCCCAGCCGUGCGCAACCUGCACCAGUCGGGCUUCAGCCUGUCCGGGUCCCAGGCGGACGACCACAUCGCCAGGCGCACGGCCCAGAAGAUCAUGGCGCCCCCCGGGGGGCACUCGAACAUCACCUCCCUCUCCUAGACGCCCUUUGACCUCAGCAGGCGCCGCGCCGUGGGCAGCCCGCGGGGCUGGCUGCUGCCCGCUGCUGGCGUUUCCUGUAGAAGUUGUUCCGGAAGGUGCUCGGCCUUGCCUUCCUCUCCCACACACGCUCUCGUUUCGGGGUCCCAGGUCCCGCUGUGAGGGGCGUGGGGGGUUUCACUGCCAGGGCGAGGAGGCUGGACGCGGCAGGGGCUGGGGCGGCCGGGCCGGUGCUAGCGGAGGGCCCACCGCCCGCAGGGAGGUGGCACCCGGGUGUGUCACGGAGCGCAGGGGACAGCCGGGGCCACCACCUCCUCCCCACUGCCAGGCCCUGCCUCGUGGAAGCCCCGCUCCCGCCAGCUCCGGGGGCCUCGGGGUGCUGAGACAGCAGGGACCCUCAGGUGGGGCCUCCUCGUGCACAUUCCCAGGGGCCAAACCUGAGCCCCCAUAGCAGCCCCUCCCCAGGGAAGUGUCACGGUCCCUUAGCUGAGAUGUCCUUUUAUCACAGGAUGCGUAUUUCAUAGGUUUAUAGAGUAGUUUUGUACAGCGCGGACGCCGCGGCCAGGACCUGUGCACGGCCCCCCCGCGCGGGCGGGCGUCCCAGCCGAUGCCAGUCGUGU